AUGAGGGAUGUGAAAAUUUACGAUGAACGUCUAGGAGACAUGAGGCCUGGGUCCAUAUCAGAGAAGAAUCGCAAUAAUGUCAAUGAUAAUGCAAGUAAUAAUAUGAGCUCGUCGUCGAUUCCCGCCGUGAGAGAUGCGAGACAGCCAUCAUCUACGCAGCCACCACGACAAUCAAAUGGCAGGAAGAAAAGGUCCAGGGAAGAAAACGAAUCGCCCCUUCCAGAUUUGUUGCGCGCAGGGUCACCCCCUUCCCAAAAGCGUAAACGGAUAGAUUUUGCGGCUCCCAGACUCAAGGAAGAGGAUGCAAAAACAGCAGCAGCAGUUGAAGCGUCACCGGAGACAGAGGAUAUAUCGGCUGAGGUUCAGAGGAGGCUUAAAAUCAAGGAGGAGCGCCGCAAGAAGAGAAACAUUCCCAAGUCAGAGAAGCGGAAACGGGAGAGUCUGCUGUCGAACGCCAGUUUUUCUGAGGGAACAUCCAAGCCAGAACGGAAAAAGGUCAAGACUAAAAAUAGUCGUGAGAAUUCGAGGCCAAGAGCAAAUUGA